AUGCAAAAAAUUCUGCAAAAGCAAAUGGGUUUGGAAAAAUGUAGUGUAAUCUCAAUAGUGAAACGCAAUGCAUGUUCGGAGCACAUUGUGAAAGAUCUCCAGAACCUCACAAAGGACUUCAAGCAAAUGGACUAUGUCGUCAUCAGCGGGGGACUAAGAAACGCCCUAAUGGGGGGCAAGGUAGAGGAAACAGUGUUUCAGUGUUUGUGGCAAACAGAAUCUUUGAUUGACACUGUUAGACAAAAAAUCGACAGUAAUGAAAAUAAAUUUCAAAAUUUUGAAACAAGACUGAUAAAUCUUGAGAGAACAAUUCAAUCCACUUCCAACAAUAAUAAUCAACAAGUAUUACCUAAAAAUGAUCAAUCCAAAGCAUUUUCUCUUCCUUCAUUUUGGAAAGAAGAACCAGAAUUAUGGUUUAAAACAGUUGAUUCUAUAUUUGAAAUAAACAACAUUUUUCAUGAAAAAAUUAAAUUUGGAAAAGUAAUUUCCAUCCCAGAUUGUUCCAUAAUUCAAGAAAAUUCGAAUAUCUUCAAUUUUCAAGACAAAAAUGAUGCGUACUCUUUGCUUAAAAAACAUCUUGUUAAGAAUUACAAAAUCUCAGAUGAAGAAAAAAUGUUCAAAUUGGGCGAUAGGAAACCAAGUCAAUUAUUUAAUGAAAUGUCCAAACUGGCUUCAGGACAAAUGUCAAAGUCAUAUAUAUUGUUAGCUUGGAUCAAUAAAUUACCCCAAAAUAUUGCGAAUGUUGUUAGAGCUUUGAAAGACCAAAUGAUAGAAGAAGCAUUGUUGAAUAUGUCAGAUGAAAUGUUUAAAGGCGAAAACUCUGACGUUUUUUGUAAUAUUAGCAAAACAAAGGUUCAAGUUAAUUCAAAUGCCGCAUUAGAAAAUAAAUUUGAUACAUUGAUUUAUAAAAUGGAUAUGUUCCUUAAGUCAAACCAGAUGUUACCAGCUCCAAGAUCUAGAAGCUUAACUCCAAAGCAUAAAUCUUCAGAAGACAAUUUAUGUUAUUAUCACAAAACAUUUGGAGACUAA